UUCAGCUGAGCUAUUUCCUCGGCGCUAUAAAUGCAGGAGGGAGCGCACAUCUGCACCCCAGAACGAGGCGUGGUCAGGCAGAGCUAACAGGUGGACGGUCGGCACAGCUGCACACGCACUUCACCCGCAACUUCAGCCGCAACUUCACCCGUAGGGCUCCUGCGCUGUUUUCUCUCCAGUAGAUUAACAAACACAGCGGCAACAAAAUGCCAAAGUGCCCCAAGUGCCAGAAGGAAGUUUACUUCGCGGAGAAGGUGACAUCGCUGGGCAAGGACUGGCACAGGCCCUGUCUGAAGUGUGAGAAGUGCAACAAGACGCUGUCAGCAGGCUCCCAUGCAGAGCAUGAUGGUAAGCCAUACUGUAACAAACCCUGCUACGCAGCAAUGUUUGGGCCUAAAGGGUUUGGACACGGUGGAACCGAGAGCCACACGUACAAAUAGACAGGUUCAGGGUCACACCCCCCCCAAGAAAAAUGUUGCCUGGAAACUAGACUGAAGAAGUCCCAGUGAAAACCAGCAAACAACGUGUGAAACAUUUUGUAUGCCCGUGUUUUUAUUUUAGGUUAUUUGGUCUCUGUUUUCUCAAGGUGAUUGUGCAUUCCCAUGAUAUAGUAAAGAAGUGGUUGUCCUCUUGUCUCCUCCUGUUCUUGACGUGGACUUUCUGAUUAAACACUUUUUAAAAGUUUG